AUGGGUGCACGUGGGCGCCACGUUGGGUACAACAAGCCAGCUUCGGUCAAGUUAUUUGCGGUGCACUGUCUGCUUGGUGCCGCUCUUAUUGGUGCUUCGACAUACCAGACGCAUCUGCUUUCCUUCGCGCGCCUGCACUUCGCUGGCUGCUAUCCGGCCAGAGGCUGCAGAAAACUGGGUGCCGUGAGAGUUUCGGCAGCUGGCAUGAACCAUACUUCGCAAGAGUUUGACGACGAGGCCUUAGAAGCCCUUUUCGGCAACGACAUCAAGUUAACUUACGGAUUCACUUCUCAACCGAGGCAAAGUCCGUGGAAGGCAAAGAAAAAGGGUCGCAGCGCCAGGGCCAAAAAGCCGUGGGCAAUACCAAAGAAGACGAUGCCGAAGAAGAAGCCUAAAUGCAAGACUGUGAGGCAACAUAAGCAUCAGGACAAGAAGCAGAGAGCCAUGGUCCAACAGGAAGAAGCCAAUGAGAAGAUUCUCGCGAGACAGAAACCAAAACGCCGCAGGAUUGUGACGUAUCACCUGCCGGGCGGCAUUCGGGCAAGCGGUGUUGGGUCGAAUAUAAGGAAGGCAACAAGAAAUGCGGCAUGUGAACUGAUAAACAUCUUGGAGCGACCGCUGCUUUCUCCAGAAGAGUUUCAGAGCAAGCGCACCUUGGAGACCAACCUCACGUACAAGAUUGAUAAAGCAAGGAAACGAUACUGUUGGACCGGGAAAGAUUUCCACGACCGAGAUCUCCCCCAUGAUCUCGGAGAAGCGUUCCGUGAGCAGGGUCUUCAGAAUGCCUUCGUCCUCGCUUGGCUGAGUCUGGAGGAGAAACCAGCAGAGCGGCAAGACGAAAUUGAUCUGAUGCGACGGGUGUGGAACGUCAGUGUGGAGAAUGGGUACAUGCCGCGAAGACAGGACUUCACGGGCUGGCGCCGUUUCAUCGCCUUCGGCCAGGGCGUCUGUGACUAUUUGCAGUAUGCCGAUAAAAAGCGCUCUGAUUUGACCAAGGCUGCUGCAAUAGUGCAGAAGUUGAUGAAGGAUGCAAAAGAGACGAGCGCAGAAGAGGCACGCGACAUGAGGAUCCGGCUGCAAGCCUGCUGCGAUCAAUUCUGCAGACUAACAGCCCGAAGCCGCAUUUGGGAUGAGACAGGCUACGAGCCUGGGACUCCUGCACGUCGAAAACACGAUGCUUUGCUUAUCAAGGAGGCCGAUGAACUGAGACCACGUGUGAACUAUGCACGGAUCGUCCUGCCCAUGAUAAAGUUUUGUGUCGGUCGGGAAAUUGGAAAAAAUUACGGACUGGAGUUCCGCGGUUCUGGCCGCACUCGAACAGACAUCCAUGGAAGCGACAUGGAUCUUUUCAUUUUCGACGAGUCUCUGGGGGGCCCAGUGUCCGAGGUGAUGUUGCGAAAGCUUAGGAAAUGCUUGCAGAAAAGAAUCGAAGCAUACAAUACAUACGGCACAGUUCUUCCGAAUCGUCCUCGACCUCUUCAAAACUUUCAAGACAAGACGCCGCAUCCGAAGCCGCGCGCCCGGCGCCUUGCGCUGACGACGUCGCCUCGGGGGUCUGCUUUGAGGAUUUUAGCGCAGAGCCCGGCCAACCACAACUGGUUCGAAAGGUACGACAUCUUGAGAUGUCGUCCGGCCGAGUUGCUGCCAGACUUCUUGCAGGAGCGAUGCUACAACACCAGAGGGCCCUGUCAGGACUUAGCGCACAUGCAGGAAUGUGAGUGGUUCCGGGGUCGACCCGGUCUCCAGCGCGGCGUACGCUUUACGAGAUACUAUUGCAGCAACCAGUAUAAAGGCGAUGACGGAGCCCGGGAGAUGGCGAUCAAGCAUGUGUACCUUCGACGACUGGUGUACGAAAUCUCUGUUGAGGAGGGCUUUGAGCCUCCGUGCCUGGAUAGGACUGGAAUUUUGACCUUGCUAAAGUUCUGUGAAAGAAGUGGUAGCCGUCUGGACCGUGCAUUCGGAGCAAUCGCAAAUUGUUCAACUCCACAAUCGCCGCGGGAUUAA